UGUAGGUUGGUGUCCCUGAUAGCGAUAUUUGAACUACUGUCGCGCUCUGUGGUUCCGCUAACGUCAACCAUAUGUCAACGUCAAAAGUCAAAACAGAAUUUCUUCUCCCUCUUUUUCGCCUUUAAAGUGGCAAGAUGGCAAGAGGUCCCAAAAAACAUUUGAAGCGUUUAAACGCACCGAAGGCAUGGAUGUUAGACAAAUUGGGUGGUGUAUUUGCACCUCGUCCAUCUACCGGACCUCACAAACUAAGGGAAUCACUACCAUUAGUGAUUUUCCUCCGUAAUAGAUUGAAGUAUGCCCUGACAAAUUGUGAAGUUACGAAAAUUGUAAUGCAAAGGUUAAUUAAGGUUGACGGAAAAGUGAGGACUGAUCCCAAUUAUCCAGCUGGAUUUAUGGAUGUCAUUACUAUUGAAAAAACUGGAGAAUUCUUCCGCUUGAUCUAUGAUGUUAAAGGUAGAUUUGCUAUCCAUCGUAUCACAGCAGAAGAAGCAAAAUAUAAACUUUGCAAAGUACGUAAAGUACAAACUGGUCCUAAAGGAAUCCCCUUUUUGGUUACACACGAUGGAAGGACAAUCCGUUAUCCUGACCCUAUGAUUAAGGUUAAUGACACAAUUCAGCUGGAAAUUGCUACAUCCAAAAUAUUGGAUUUCAUUAAGUUUGAAUCUGGAAACUUGUGUAUGAUUACUGGAGGUCGUAACUUGGGACGUGUCGGUACUGUAGUGAACAGAGAAAGGCACCCCGGGUCCUUUGAUAUUGUGCACAUUAAGGAUGCCAAUGAUCAUACAUUUGCAACUAGGUUAAACAAUGUGUUUGUAAUUGGUAAAGGAAACAAAGCCUUUGUAUCUCUCCCAAGAGGAAAGGGUGUCAAACUGACUAUUGCUGAAGAGAGAGACAAGAGGUUGGCGUCAAAGUCGCACUAAUUAUUUUAGUGUAUAUUUUUAAUUAAAUAAAAAAAAAGAAAAUUUAA